ACUGCGCCUGCGCGGACUGCGGCAGAAGCAGGGGUGUGAGAAGCUGCGAAUAUUGAGACUAGCGUUCGCAGUUUGGCGGUACCUUCUUUCUUUUGCAUCAUUUCUAAUUUCAGCUUCAGUAAGUUGCUUGGAACUUUGUGGCAGCAGCAGCAGCGGCAGCCUUACUGCUAAGGGCAGUUUCGUGUUGAGGCACCUACAUACCUUCUACCCUCUUUCUACUAGAUCGCGGGCCUUUCGGUUUCUGCUCCAGGACCUUGUCGCUGGUAAGCCAGAAUUCGCGCCGCCUCAGCAGUGCAAAAGCCACUGAGCACUACAGCAGCAGCUGGGGUGAAAUGCAGGCCCCUAAGGCCUCGGGUCUCCUCGCUGCUAUGUUAGAUCCAGAUGCCCCGGAGGGUUCCAGCGAUCCCCAGAUCCUCCAGGGGCUCUGCGUGCCUGAGGGCCCAGGCACCUCCAUUCUAUCCACCCUUGGAGAGGGCCCCCGCACCGCUGUGCCGCCCGCUGCCUCUAAGGGCUCAAGAGCCUCUGGAUCUCCUACAGUCUCUGAGGGGUCAAACAUCGCCCUGUCGGUCGCCGCCUCUGAGCUCCCAAACAACCCUCUGCCGCCCACUGCCCCUGAAGGCGCAAGCGCCUCCAAGCACCCCUCUGUCACUGAGGGACUGAACACCUCCGAGUUGCCCCUCUCUAAUGAGGGUCCGAGCAUCUCCGUGCCGCCCACCUUCAGUGAGGGCCUGAGCACUUACUUGCCACCCAGCUCCGGUGAAGAUCGGAGCGCCUCCUUGCCGCCCACCACCUCUGAGGGACUGAGCAUCUCCGUGCCGCUCACUUCCGGCGAGGAAUUCAGCACUACCGUGCUGCUUACUGUCUCUGAGGGACCGGGCAUCAACGUGGCAUUCUUUUCUGGGGAGGGCCCCAGAACCUCUGUACCACCCACUGUCUCAGAGGAAUCAAGCCCCUCUAGGCCUCCCACCCCCGAUAAGGGCCUGAGCACCUCGGAGUUAUCAGCUGUCUCUGAGAGACCUAGCACCUCUAUGCUGCCGCUUUCUGAUGAAGGCCCUAGCAUCUUCAUACCGCCUAGCCCCAUUGAGGGUCAGAGCACCUCUUUUGCACUCCCAGCCUUUGAGGAACAGGUUGCCACUCUACCGCCCCCUUCUGGUAACAACUCCAGCAUCUCGGUGCUCCACAUCUCUGGGGAGGGCUCAAGCACUUCCCAAAUGGCCAAUGCUACUGAGGGCUUUGGCACAUCUGGGAUGCCCACUGCCUCUGAGAAUCUUGGUGCACUGUUGAGCUCCAAUGCGUGUGGAAGCCAGAACUCUUCCAAUUACUCAGUUGCUUUACCAAACCUUGGCAUGGCCAAGGCUCCUGCAGACUCUAAAGGUCCCAAGGGUGCAGAUGGCCCCGUAGAAUUCCAGGUUCUAAGAGAACAUAAGAACUCUAACUCCAUUACCGUUAUGGGGCUCGGCACUUCCCAGGUUGCACUUACUCUAAAGCCCCAGGACCCUAUGGAACGAAAUGUAGCUGAAUUGUUGCAGUUUCUGCUGGUGAAGGAUCAGAGCAAGUACCCUAUACGGGAAUCUGAAAUGCGGCUACAUAUUGUUAAAGAGUAUCGCAACCAGUUUCCUGAGAUUCUCAGGCGAGCAGCAGCCCACUUAGAGUGUAUUUUUAGGUUUGAGUUGAGGGAGCUCGACCCUGAGGAGCAUACCUACAUUCUGCUCAACAAAUUGGGACCUGUGCCCUUUGAAGGGUUAGAAGACACCCCAAAUGGGCCAAAGAUGGGCCUUCUGAUGAUGAUCCUAGGAGAAAUAUUUUUGAAUGGCAACCAAGCUAAGGAGGCUGAGAUUUGGGAAAUGCUCUGGAGGAUGGGAAUUCAGCGAGAAAGGAGGCUUUCUAUUUUUGGGAACCCCAAAAGACUUUUGUCUGUAGAGUUUGUAUGGCAGCGUUACUUGGACUAUAGGCCAAUAACUGACUGCACACCAGUGGAGUAUGAGUUUUUCUGGGGCCCACGAUCCCACCUUGAAACCACCAAGAUGAAAAUUCUGAAGUUCAUGGCAAAAAUCUAUAACAAAGAUCCUAUGGACUGGCCAGAACAAUACAAUGAGGCUCUAGAGGAAGAUGCUAUCAGAGCUGCUGCUGAUGAUUGGCAGGCUGUCCCUCACUUUAGGAGGCCCUUUUUUGAAGAAAUUCCUGCAGAUUUAUUAUCUCCUGAUUUAGAGGUUUCUGGAUAUCCCUCAAAAUAUCCCCCACACUCAUGGCCUGAAUCAAGAAUGGAGAGCAAAGCAAGGAAGCUGGUACAGUUAUUUCUGCUUAUGGAUUCAACUAAGCUGCCUAUACCAAAGAAAGGAAUUCUGUACUAUAUUGGCCGAGAGUGCAGCAAAGUGUUCCCUGAUCUCCUGAAUCGUGCUGCUCGUACCUUGAACCACGUGUAUGGGACAGAACUAGUGGUACUUGAUCCCAGAAACCACUCUUACACCCUGUACAAUCGAAGGGAAAUGGAAGAUGCAGAAGAGAUUGUAGACAGUCCAAAUAGGCCAGGCAACAACUUUUUGAUGCAAGUUCUAAGCUUCAUCUUUAUAAUGGGAAAUCAUGCUAGGGAGUCUGCAGUGUGGGCCUUUCUGCGGGGGUUAGGGGUUCAAACUGGGAGAAAGCAUGUGAUUACUUGUAGAUAUUUGAGUCAGCGUUACAUAGACAGCUUACGAGUUCCUGACAGUGAUCCAGUGCAAUAUGAGUUUGUAUGGGGGCCUAGAGCCCGCUUGGAAACCUCCAAAAUGAAAGCUUUGAGAUAUGUGGCCAGAAUUCAUAGAAAGGAACCACAGGACUGGCCAGAGCAGUACAGGGAGGCAAUGGAGGAUGAGGCCAAUAGAGUUGAUGCAGGGCACAGACAAUUCCUUAUACACAAUAUCAGAUAAGGGAAUUUGUGGCUGUAAAAGAGGCUUUGAUAGGCUGGGCCCUAGAGCUCUGAGUCUUAUGUAUUGGGAUGGGUGGUAUGUAUUGUGUUCAAUAUUUGUGUUCCAGUUCCAUUUUUGUCUUUUCAUAUUUAGUUUUUGUUUAGUACCAUGAAAAGCUAUAAUUGUUUUAUAUACUAUCUAGUAAAGAAAAUGUAACUGACCAAUUGUUGUCUCUGUUGUAUUUUGGUAUAAGAGUUUCAAUAGUGUUGAAAUAUGCUUUGGGAAUCUUCCCACUUUGUUGCAUUAUCUGGAAAAGAAUAUAUAGCUAUAGAUGUAGGCUUUUCCCCAAAAGCUUGAAAAAAUUCACCAAUAUAGUGAUCUAGCUUCACAGAUGUGAAACAAACAAAAAACAUAACAACUGAAAAAAGCACUCUAAAUUGUGGCUGGCCUUCCUUUCAGUCUUCUACUAUGUAAAGUAUACCAAUGUUUACCUGUAUUUGCUUUGCUGUAAUAAAAUAUAAAGGAAAAUAAAAGUAUUAUAAACAUAA